AUGACCGUCAGCCCGCCCCCCUCGCAGUCGCUCAGGGGUCUCUCACCCGUCGGCCCGCUGAGAUCGCGGCGGGGAUGCACCACCUGCAAAAUCCGAAAAGUCAAAUGCGGCGAAGAAAAACCGCACUGUAUCCGAUGCACCAGCACCGGUCGCAAAUGCGAGUAUCAGGGCCAAAUCGCGGGGACCUUUUCGUCGGCCUCAUCAUCACCGACGAUCUCCAUCCACGACACCUCACUGUCGUUCCUCCCGAACACAGUGUGGCGCGAGCGUCGCGCCUUCGCGUAUUACUUCCAGCAAGCCGCGCCCUUCGUAGGCGGGGAACUGGAUGUCGAUUUCUGGCGCACCACCAUCCCGCAGGUGUGUCGGAGUGAGCCUGCCGUCUGGGACGCCAUCAUCUCCAUCAGUGCGCUGUUCGAGAGCCCCGAGCCGUGUCCGGAUCUGGUGCUCUCGCGUCGGAGGGACGUGCAGCACACGCUGAACCAAAACCACCGAGAUGCGAUGGGCUGGUACUCCCGCUCGGUGUCGGCCGUUCGGCGGCGCAUUGAACGCGGGGAUGUCGACAUUUUCGUCGGGCUGAUCAGCUGUGUAUUGUUUAUCUGCAUCGAGGCGCUGCAGGGCGGUUCCGAUGAGGCGGUUCGGCUGUAUGCACAGGGCGUGCAUCUUAUCUUCGCCCUGCGCGCCCAGAUCGCCGCCGGCGCUGUGUCCGCCACCAAGGCGUUCUUGUUGGAGGAUAUCAUCGUGCCCGUGUUCGUCCGGCUGGGCGAAAUCGCCAUGUCGGAUCCUGCGAAUCUGCUGGUCGCUCUACUGCCUACUACGCAGCGUACGUCGACGCAGGAAUUCCCGUCCCUUCGCGCUGCGCGAGAGGCCAUCGUGCUCCUCCUGGCGGACGUGCAGCUCCUCGAGCGCAACUACGAGGAGCAUCUCACAGAAACCAACUCGUUCGAUGUACCCGAUGAACUCCUUACCCGACAAACCCUCCUCUCGGAAAGGAUACUCAACUGGCACACUGCCUUCACGAAUCUAAUCAACUCCCUACGCUCGAAAGACGUUCUCUCCCCGCAGCAAAUCAGCUCGAGCACUCUUCUCUCCGCAUGUCAUAAGACACUCUUUAUCCAACUCUCCAUCUGCCUUUCCCCGUUCCAGACCACGCCCGAUGCCUAUGAACCGCUGUUUCAGACCAUCGUAGACGAGUCCCGCAUGGUGCUUGACGGCUCGGGAAGAUCGGACGGCACACAACCCCCGUUCACGUACGAUAUCAGCGUCGGCCUCCCGCUUUGGUUCACUUCUCUCAGAUGUCGGGAACCAACCCUCCGACGAGCGGCAUUGGCACUGCUCCGCCGAGCGCCUCAGAUCCUGGGGUUCUAUAAGUCUGCGGACGGGGUGAUGUUCGCGGAGGGCGUCAUGAUGCUUGAAGAAGCGUAUGCGCAGGCCAUGAACGCCCAGAGAGCAGAUGAUUCGGUACCGGAACUCACCAACGACCUUCCAAUCCAGGCUAUCGAUGCUGGUACCACACCUGACACCAACCCAGUCCCCAUCCCCAAAGCCAUGGCCAUGUCCAUAAACACCAACAAACCAACCGCCCUCCUCAUCCCCGAAGAAGCACGCAUGGGCCCCGUCCGCAUGUUCCGCGCCUCCGAGGGAUUUCCGCCCGAAACGCCCGACGACGAGAUCGCAAAAUGGAGCCACAGCCCCGAUCAGGGCUUUCUGCGUUUCUCGCGGAAUAAGCUCGAUCCGGCAACGAAUACCUGGCAUAGGGUUCAUGGGUACAUGCCUAUCAUGAUGUAG